AAAGAAAAAAGAGAAGUACAUUUCUGUGUGUGCCGUUAAAAAGAGUUAACCAGCCACGGAUGAAACGACAGCGUUUUCCAUUUCAAAAUCCCAGGCACUUUUCGUCGGUCGAAAGGAUUCUCUCUCUUCUCUUCUCUUCCCAAAAAGCGAAACAGAAAUCGCAAGAUAGCGAUUCUCUUUUAACUGUUUUUUUUUUUUUUUUGCUUUCGACAAAUUCGAAAUUCGAAGUUCACAUUUUAUCAAAUUACAUAAGAAUUUAAGGAAACACAGAAGAUUUUUCUGAUUAUACCAUAUCGUUAUUAGCUGAGUGAGUGAUCAUGGAAAUAUCUGCUGGUCCAGUUGGUUCUUGCUCUAAAGAGAACCAAAAGAUCUAUCUUGAAUGGUUUGCUUUUGCUGAUUCAGAUGGUGAUGGUAGAAUCACCGGUAAUGAUGCUAUAAAAUUCUUUGGAAUGUCCAAUUUAUCUCGGCAGGAUCUCAAGCAGGUAUGGGCAAUUGCAGAUUCUAAACGACAGGGUUAUCUCGGCUUCAAUGAGUUCAUUACUUCUAUGCAGUUAAUUUCUUUAGCUCAAGCUGGACAUCAAAUAGCACAUGAUCUUCUAAGUAGCCAGGUUGAUUUUGAAAAUUUGAGACCUCCAACUAUGGAAGGUCUUGACGAGUUGCUAGAAAAAAAAAGGCGUCGGUCUAGAUCAAGAGACUUUGAUGUAAAUGGUACUCCACCAGUCGAAACGUCGCCUUCAGUGAAUUGGUUUUCUCCAAAAUCCUCUUCAAAAUCGUCGAAAAAGGUACCUCUAUCCUCUGUUACAUCCAUCAUUGAUGGCCUAAAGAGACUGUACAUUCAGAAGCUGAAGCCCUUAGAAGUUACUUAUCGCUUUAAUGAUUUUGUAUCUCCACUGCUGACAAACAGUGAUUUUGAUGCCAAACCAAUGGUUAUGCUAUUGGGUCAAUAUUCCACCGGAAAAACAACAUUUAUUAAACAUUUACUUAAAAGUAGUUAUCCUGGAGCUCAUAUUGGACCCGAGCCAACUACUGACAGAUUUGUUGUUGUUAUGUCUGGUACCGAUGAAAGGAGUAUUCCGGGCAAUACUGUGGCAGUCCAAGCAGAUAUGCCUUUCAAUGGACUAACAACUUUUGGAACUGCAUUUCUAUCGAAAUUUGAAUGUUCUCAAAUGCCGCAUCCUUUGCUGGAGCAUAUUACAUUUGUGGAUACACCUGGAGUUUUAUCGGGAGAGAAACAACGAACUCAACGGUCUUAUGAUUUUACUGGUGUAACCUCAUGGUUUGCUGCAAAGUGUGAUCUCAUUUUGCUUCUAUUUGAUCCUCACAAACUUGAUGUCAGUGAUGAGUUCAAGCGUGUGAUUUCAUCAUUACGGGGUCAUGAUGAUAAAAUUCGUGUUGUUCUCAACAAGGCAGAUCAAGUUGAUACUCAACAACUGAUGAGGGUUUAUGGAGCAUUGAUGUGGUCGCUUGGGAAGGUUCUUAAUACUCCUGAAGUUGUGCGUGUUUAUAUUGGCUCGUUCAAUGACAAACCAAUAAAUGAAGAUGCUAUUGGUCCUAUUGGGAAAGAACUUUUUGAGAAAGAACAGGAAGACCUUCUAUCUGAUCUAAAGGACAUACCAAAGAAGGCUUGUGAUCGUCGAAUCAAUGAAUUCGUGAAACGGGCAAGAGCUGCCAAGAUACAUGCAUAUAUUAUUAGCCAUCUUAAAAAGGCAAUGCCAACAAUGGUGGGUAAAGCAAAGGCCCAACAGCGACUUAUUGAUAAUUUGGGAGAAGAGUUUGGAAAGGUUCAAAGGGAGUUUCAUCUGCCCCCAGGUGACUUUCCAAAUGUUGAGCAAUUCAGAGAGGUUUUGAGCGGCUACAGCAUCGACAAGUUCGAGAAGUUGAAGCCCAAAAUGAUACAAGCUGUUGAUGACAUGCUUGGUUAUGACAUUCCAGAGCUGUUGAAGAACUUCAGGAAUCCCUAUGGCUAAAAAGGUCACUUGAUUUGGCAGUUUAUAGGGGCAAAAUAUUUUGGCCAAGACUAGGUAGUAGAGUUUAAAUUCCUCUGUUACAUAUUAUAGGAGAGGCAUUUCUUAGCUUAUUAUCUUCAACAUUACAUAGGUAUAUAUCGAUCCUUGAGUUGCUCAAUGGCUUGAGUGGUAUUCGUCUAUGUAGAAAAUGGGUGAUCGAUUCCUGUUCUUGAUUUGUUCAUGCCUCAAUAAUGUGAGAUCAAAACUUCGUUGAUUUCAUUCUUAUCAA